AUGUUCGUACCUAAAGCGACCGCUUCUCUGCGCAGUUCGCGAAGGCGUCAGCGAACAAGCUCCGGCGAAUCCAUCAAACAACACAAAGCCAAGAGGCAGCGAUCCGCCCAGGAAAAUGUCGAGUCUGAGUUAGAGAAUGACAGGAUCGAACGCGACUAUGAAUGUGAAUCUGUCGGCCUGGGGGUAUCUGAAUCGGAUAAAGCCAAACCUGAGACUACUGAAAAUACAGGGGCCCAAAAGCAGAUUGCGAUCAGGGGUCCAAAAAAAACUGACAAACGAGAUGACGAUAAUGACAUUGACGGAGCGGUUGUUCUUUCAAGGACAAAUCUCUACACAGUUUCACAAUUGCCUGCCUUGCCAGACCAAAUACGCGAAUCCCAAUCAGGGCAUUUCACAUGCUCCUUCGGGACCGGCCACGGAUAUGCAUUAGUACUGACACAAUCACAUGCUAUCAUCUGGCCCUACUCGAGUUCUGCUUCGUCACCCUCCCCAGCUGAAGUUUUCACCCUAUCAGUGCCUGAGUCCUGCAGAGAUACUACCGCAGAAGCACCUUUCGGGGUCCUUCUAUCGACUGCUACAUCCGGCCCUCCGGGCUUAAUGGUGAUCAUACCUUCCACUGGAAAAAUUGUAUACUGGGAGACUGUGUCGAGUGCCAUAUCAUUAGCACUAUCCAGGCAUAAACAGAAUGGACUGCAGGGUUCUAUCUCAGGCUUGUUGUAUGGGGAGCAUGUCACCGAGGUAGUCAGCGGAGAACCGUCUGGUGUUAUUGCAACGCUUUCAUCAGGAAGAGUGGCUCAGAUAACUGUCAGGAGCUCCCAGGGGAAGCCGACAAUUGCUUCUGAUUUUCUACGGAAUUCGACAAGUGGCAGCAUGGGGUUCCUGGGGGGUAUUAAGAACGCUCUGGCGGGUGGCUUCUGGCGAAAAGAGAUUGCUGCGGCCAGGCCGGGCGUGUCUCGUCAACGCGGUCAGCGUGAUAUCAUAAUUGCUACGGCGAGCGGCCUUGUGGAAGUCUGGGAUACGCACUGGAGCAACGGCAGCAUCUUAAGAAAGCAAUUCGACAUUAGGCAGCACUUAGCCGAGUCUCUUGGUCCAAAUUUGGCGGAUGAAUCUGGUGAUCAUGCCCUCAAGAUUCUCGACUUAGCUUCUGGUGCUGGCAACGACAGUAAUGUUCGCGGAUCACAAGCCCCCGAGACAGGAAAGUGGCCACUUUACUUCGUUGUGGAACUGCCGCAAGGAUCUAGUUCCACAAGCCUAUGGGUAAUUCGAAUGAUCUUAUCUGACGAUGGGCGUGUUUUGUCAACUCGCCUCAUAAACUUGCAUCAUACCCGAUCAAAUGAAUCAAAACUGCGUCUGUUUGUUUCGGAACCCGGCGAUACGGGUUUUGUCGUCAUUGGGCAAUCCAUUAUUGUAUUGUCGUUGGCCCAAUUUGAUGACAGAAUAGCGCCGCAAGACUCACAUCCACUGCCUUCGAUUUUCUGUGAUAGAAUUGAUCUCCGAUCCGGCAUCGAGUAUGAAUUACUGGGCAGCGGUUUCGAGGAGGCAGCCUACCAUAAUCCACUACCUGCAUGUUUUCUAAUGGUUAGAGGUUUUGGUGUUGUCCGCGUCUCAGCUGUGCCUCGCCGGCGCGCUCAAAACGGUACCGACGAAGAACAUGUGACAACGGCCAAACAUAAACUCGAACAGGCCGUAUUUUAUGGAACUAUGGUAAGAAAUCCGUUGAAUUUGGCCAGUAAAGGAGGCUUGGAUUUUCCAGUCGAUGAAUUGGAACAAGCGGCUCUCGAAAUUUGCAGGGAAUUACUGCGGUCAAGUUCCAAAUACAUUCCAUCGUCCGGCAUCCCACUUGAUCAGAAUUUACGAUCACGAGCAAAAGCCCUCGAUGAUCUCGCAUCUUUGCUUACCCAGCGUGGCUUGCCCUUCAAUGGUCUAACUCGAUCGGAACUAAUAUGGGGAGCCGAAAAGCUCGCUGCGCAGAAGGCUAUGUGGAAGAUAGAGGGGGAAUUGAGAAGAAAGAACACUGAUGGGCCAACUUUCUUGUCUCGUGUCAUCGACCAGAUGAGUGAAAAGUUUAAGACGAAGUUCGAUUCACGACAUAGUGAUAGUGAUUAUGUCCGCCAUUGGUUCCUUCACGAUACGUACAGAAUGGAGCAUAUCAUCCCAUGGAUUUUUAAUGCCAUAAAACCCCAGAAAGGCCAAUCAAAGCAAGGACGGAGAAUGGCGGAGCAAAUAUUCCAAGCGAGUGAGUUCUCACUCGCGGUAUUGGAAACAGCUUUCCGGUUUCGAGAUGAGCGUGCUAGUCUUUAUGGCCUGAACGAAGAGUUUUUGGAGGACGGUGUUCUGGUGGCCGGCUACGAGAAUUUACCAGAACCUUGGACGUCCCAUAAUAUGGCCUAUGUUGAAACUGGGCACUUGUUAGAUCUGGAGCUUGGGAGCUGUAUGGCCUGGAUCCAACAAACAAUGUCUAUUGUCGAUGCGCCGCCAAAUGAUGUUGUAGAAGACAUCGCCAAAAACUGCGCUAGGCAACUUCGUGUCCUGAGUCAAAUGCAUGGCGAGCGAAUUCGAUGGCUUUCGUCUCAAGGAGACCCCAAGUCAAUGGACGAGAUUGUCUCGGCUGAGCAGUCACAUGUCAAACAACGCAGAUGGCAAUUAUUCAAGUUAGCCGGUAUUGGGCAGCUUGAUGGUGCCAUAAGUUUGGCGGAGAAAUUUCGAGAUAUGGGUGCACUAGUGGAGCUCAUAAUUGAACUUCAAGACCAAACGAAAUGCCAGCUUUUCUCCGAAACCAGUUCAGAUGGCCCCGAUGCUGUUGUCCUCGACAAGGAAUCUGGUGAACUCGGCAGGAAAAUCUCUCAUUAUUUCGAAAAAUUUGGUGAAUCUUGGGCGAAUGCUUUCUUUUCCCGUCAGAUUUCAAUGGGUCAGUCCGGUGUAUUAUUUGCCAUGAGAAAGUUCCAGCCGUUUAUCACUCGGUUUUUACGCAAGAAUCCGGCUUAUCAACGAUUGAGUUGGAUUAAUGAUGUUGUUGGUGAAAAUGACUACGGCACUGCUGCUGAAUGUUUGACAAACUUGGCCAUUGAACACGAAUCCGACCUCUGGAGUCACCGUGUCGAGCUUUCUUUGGCGAAACUUUCAAGUCUAGCUGCGUUGGAGGAGACAGGUUCAGCCCACGAUUCCAUAAACCAGAGUGACAUCAAGCGCGUUGAAGAUUACGCCGAACUAGACGCCGUUCAAGAAGUCAUUCAUGCACACAUUACGCCGGCAUUGCAAGAUGCCAUUGAUCAAAAAGCUGAAAUAGACCUAGCAGUAGAGCAGUUCGGGAGGCAUAUCGCUGAACAUAGGCCUUCGCUCCAUGAAGUACUUGCUCGCGCGCUUACAAGGGUGGUUGCGCGAGAAGUGGUGGGUAUUGACCAGUUGGUUGAUCUCUUGACGUUACUUGAUACUACUCGGGCUCCUGAUUAUGAGCAAUCCGAGCUUUCUGGGAAAGAGUUUUACUUAGCUCUGCGGGCUAUACGUUUGGGGUGCUGCAGUCAAAGAGAUCAGUCAUAUACUAGCACUUUGCAAAAGCUGGUGUGGAGGAGAUGCAUGAUCAGGGAUAAUUGGGAGGGCAUGGGCACAGUUGCUGCUGAGGGUUUGAGUAAUGAAGCUCAUGACACUGCACUGUUUCACACACUAGUCUUGUGUCUAAAAGAUCGGCAUGAAGAUGACAACUCUCUCUAUGUUCCUAUUUCGCCGGUAGAUGUGAUACUGAGUGAACAGGAGUCACAGAUCCUCUAUUCACAAUUUCGUUCGGAACAGAGAGGCCGGGUUGCUCGCGACUUCGAUAAUGAAAACGAAACAUUCUGUCGAUAUAUGGAAUUGGGGAAUCUUGAAUUCUGGUUCAAGAAUCUAUUUGCGCAGAUAGUUGCUGCAUCCCCUGUUGAUACUGGCAAGCCAGAUGACUGA